GACACAUUUUAUUCCUCUGCAGCCUCCAGCAUAGGAGUCGAGAAUCCCAUGGCUGCCAAGAGCUGGUAAGUAUGGUAACUAAAUAUCAAGGCUCUAAGCAGAGGUCUUCCAAAUAAAUGCUUGCUUUAGCUGCACAACCAUUUCAUUUUAUUUACUGUAAAUGUUCUUUUCUUUCAAUAAAAUAAACAAUUUGUCAGUUUUUUUUCUUUUUUUCUUAGUUGAUCCCAUAAACGGGUAGGCUUUGAACAUUUCUGUGCAUCUUGGGGGCGGGGCCAAGCACCAUUUUAGCCAAUCAGCAUCUCCUCAUAGAGAUGCAUUGAAUCAAUGCAUCUCUAUGAGGAAAAUUUAGCGUCCCCAUGCAGAGCGUGAAGAUGCUGAAUGGCAGUGCUGCCUACUGUGCAGCACUGAGCCAGGAAGCACCUCCAGUGGUUAUGAGGAGUGGCCACUUGGAGGUGUCCUUAGGGGCACUAUAAACACUGUCUUUUCUCUGAUUUAUAAUCACCAGAACAACUACAUUACGCUGUAGUUGUUCUGGUAACUAUAGUGUUCCAUUAAGGUAAGAAUUUUUGUUGCUUUGUUUUAAACACCUCCAUUUCAUAUAACCACACCCAUCACUUGUGAAGUUAUAUAAAUAUAAAACAAUGCUAUUUGUGCCUCCAAGUAAGAGAUAUCUAUGAUCACAGGUCUAUUGGACAAUUAUUUCCUGUUGUUUUCCAAACUAUCCUGUUCGAUUAAGUGAUAAGAGAAGUUGAAUUAAGUGAAUUGCAAGUGCAGUGGUCUUGUUCACUAAAUCUUAAAUUUCCGUGAAAAGGUUCAUCAUAGCUGGCAAUUCACUAAUGCAAUGCUAGACUGGGGUGCUUCUUCACUAAAUAGAGAAUUGCAAAAGGUCCUGAUAUUUAAUAAUUCUCAAAGUCACAGCUGGGCUAUUUUAUUUUGAGUUUUAUUUGAUAGAGCUAAGGGCUAUGACUGAUUUAAAAAAAAUAAAUAAGAAUUCAUUACUCCUGUUAUUUUCUUUGUCAUAGGUGACAAACACCAGCGACCCUGUUAGAUCAGAGGGAAAUACGCUAUACCCAUGUACAUAUAAAAGCUGCAGUGGAAAGGAAUUGGUUCAGGUUUUAUGUCCUUAUUGUGAAAAGCAUUUCUGCUUGGGGUAUGUUCAGAUAAUAACAUAACAAUAAUAAUAUGAUCUGAUUUAUGUGACAAUUCUUUGUUUGGUUUAACACAUUCAUUGCUUUACAGACACCGUCACCAGUCAGAUCAUGAAUGUAAGAAACUCGAAAUCCCUAAACCUCGGAUGUGUGCGACCCAGCAGCUUGUCAAAGAAAUAGUAGGUUUGUAGUUUUCCUAUCAAGCAUUUCAUUUUGUUUAAGCGUGGAUGGAGUAAUGUGUGGAGGAUAGAAUACAAAUCUGUACUUUUGGGCAAUUUUACUAAAUACUGAGUUGCAGUGUAUUGAAAACCAACAUACUAUAAUGCAAAAAUAGCAACAUUGGAAUAACAUGGCCAUCUCAGCUAUUCUUUCAUCAUUAUUAUUUUAAUCUAAAUUUUCAAAAUCCAGUUUCAAAUUUAUAGUAAAUUGUAGUUCACUGUUUAGUGAAUAGCCUUGCUGGUCCUAAAAAAUCUGUCUUAUAGAUGAUGAACCCGAUUAUGUUAAAAUGCAUCUCACACAUAACUUGUUCACUUUUUAGCAGAAUGCCCUUAACUUGUCCAAGCCAAAUUUCUAGAAUUUUUGUAUAUGAGAAGCUAUCUCACCAUAGUUUUCUCUUUUAGCAUAAGGCUAUCCUAGCUAUAAGAUGAGGCCAGGGACUAAUGAAAGUAUUUAGAAAAUUGGGCAGACUAGAUGGGCCGAAUGGUUCUUAUCUGCUGUCACUUUCUAGGUUUCUAAUUCCUCAUGGUUUAAAUAUUCUAAUUAACAUAACUUAAAGACUGCACCGAACGAGAAGCAGUGCACACAACCAUCCUUUUUCUACUGUGACUUGAUCAGUAGCCAUUUAAAAGUGACUUGUACUUUUAUACCAGAAAUUGCAACACAUUGAGCAAAUGGCCCUUUUUAAGGUUAAGAAUAAUGGCACAGGGGACAUUAGGUACAUGGUGGAUGGCAAAGUUCCAAUACAAAGAUGCAGAUGGGUGUCCUAGAAGUAUAAAAAUCAUGUUUAAAAUGGAUAAAUAAACUGCAUCCUACCAAAAUGAAAAACUCAACCUUAAAGGAACACUAUAGAGUUGGUAAUACAGAUGUAUAUUCCUAAUGCUCUUAUGACCUGGUGGCUGUUUAGGUGACCAGCCCCCACAUAUAGGGAGAGGAAAGAAAAAGGUAUUUCACUUACCUUUUCUCCUUCACAGAGCUGUUCUCCCCGCCUCCUUGGCUGAAAUUAAUUUAUCUCAUCCAACCCAAUGCUUUCCCAUUAGGCGUCUAUUGCACAUUCACAGAGACCAUCUGAUGAAAAUUGCAUCGUUUUACUAUGCUAAUUCAUCGCAAGUGCCUAUAGUGGAGGCAUUUGAAACCUGUAAUGAAAAUAUUGCUGUUCUGUAGAAUGUUUUCAGCUAGAGGAUUGAAACAGAGGUACAUAACACCCAGACAACUUAAUUGAGAUGAAGUGGUCUGGAUGUCUGUAGUGUCCCUUUUAUGCUCUUCAGGUUGAAUUUUGGACAUCAUUUGAAUUCCUCCUAAUUGUACUUUUUUUUUUUUUAGAUUCCAAAAAGUCAGCUGCACCAAAAAAUGUGCGAAAAGGAGCAAAGAAUAGCGAGACAGCAGCAAAGGUAGCAUUAAUGAAACUAAAACUGCACGCUGUAGGCGACAAAUCUCUGCCACAGGUAAAACUAAUUUCAGAUACAGUUAGAUCAACAUUCCUUCUGUUGUGGAUUACUGGUCUCAAGAAACUCUGCCAUCCAACAUGUUGGCUGCUAAUCUACAUGUAGAUUUCUGACUGUAUAUUUUGUUUCCCACCAGACUGAAAGAGUCUAUUUCCAAGUUUUCUUGCCAAAGGGUAUGAAAGAAAAAAGCAAACCCAUGUUCUUCUGUAAGAAAUGGAGCAUCGGAAAAAUAGUAGAUUAUGCCGCUUCUCUAGCAAGUCUGAAAAAUGACAACAAUAAAGCCGCAGCAAAAGUAUGUUUUAAUUACUGCUCCUUUAACUGAUUUACCCAUUUACAAUAAUCUGCACCGACCCAUGCAACAAGUUACUCUGUUGAAUUGCUACACUAAUAAUCUGAGCCAGGACUCUUCAAUUGUUAGUCCUGUGUAGUUGUCUUGCUGUAAAGUCUUAACGUAUGCUAAGCUCUUUAUUGCAUCACCAAAGGAGAGUUAGUGAUGUCAUUGGAUGCUGUCAAAAUUCUACUUGGAGAAUCAUCACAGCUACUUUCCACUUGACUCACACUGCGGAUGCUUACUAUUAUUACAUGAGCUUAUUGUUCUUUCAAAUUGUAAUCUGGAGAAUUCCUGUAGUUUGUAACUGCGACCUGUUUCUUCCCUUACAGAAACUGAGAGUGUGCCACGCGGAGACAGGACAGAUCUUGCCUUUGGAUAACACAUUGGAAACAUGGCUUUCUAGCACAGAAGGUCCUUUAUACAAUGGUGGCAAUAUCAUUCUAGAAUAUGUGGACAAUGAGAUCUCUGUGUUGGAAGAUGUUAAUUUAUAUUUAAUAUGAAACUUUUAGAGACUGAAUUUGAAAUGGAAAAAACUCAAACAUGCUAAAAAUAUGAAAUAAAUAUUUAAGUACUUUUUACAUAGUUGUUUGUUUAAUUGGUGCUCAUGUGUUCUGAUACUUAAACCCAGUCUGUUAGUUGUGUGAAACAAAUCGAAGAAUCGAGAGACAGGACAUAUUAUUGUAGUACU